AUGGCAACCUACUAUGCUGAGUACGACACGGGCAGACCCCGGGUAUGCGAGACCAACAUCGCGAAUCGCGGCACUCUUCAUCUAAGGGCCCAUUUCUGGAAAGCCUCGAGAUUACCCGCAGGCGACGCAACAAAUUUUCUCGACAACUGGAUCAUGCAAGAUUGCUGGACUAACCCGGGAAAAGACACAAACGAGAUAUCAAGAGACCUACCUCGAUUUAAUCAGUUCAUUAUUCAAGGAGAACAGGACCGUGACAUACAGGGAGUGAUUUCCUUCGAUGACGAGUCGAACCAACCGCUGAACUUCACGUGUGUUAUCUUGAACACGGUUUCUGUUAAAAACUCGAUGACAGGGGAAAGUGGGUAUGGCUAUUACCAAUUAAUCGUUCAAGAAUCCCCUGUUGUUCCUGGAGCGUAUGAGCGAGUUGGGGUGGGGAUUGCCCUGUCGUUGACAGACUACAUACCCCGUGGCUGGCUCGGCCGUGCUUCUCCUUCUAGCCGCAUUCUUCUCGUGUGA